UAGGGUGAGGUUGCGUGGGUGUAUUCAUAGGAGCGAAUGUGCGUACGUGUACGUGAGUGUCUGCGUCUGUGGAAGUUCUACGCAAGUGAAAGUGCUCAUGCGACCGGAAGGGAAUCAAGGGGCGGCCGACCUAUACAUAUACGCGAACCACCAGGCAACAAAGAUCACCCGUCAUGGCGCAUCCGGGUGCCGGAGAUCACCAGGAGCCGCAGGCGCGGCACGACGCCACCGACGCCGAGGAGCUGCUCCAAGCCCACCUCCAUCUCUGGAGCCACGCCCUGGGCUACGUCAAGUCCAUGGCGCUCAAAUGCGCCUUGGACCUGCGCAUCCCCGACGCCAUCCAACGCUGCGGCGGCGCCGCCACCCUAGACGACCUCCUUGCCGCCACCGGCCUCCCUCCGUCCAGCCUCCCCUUCCUGCGCCGGCUCAUGCGCGCGCUCACGGCCUCACGCAUCUUCUCGCUCCGCCAAGACCCUGCUGAUGAUCCAGCAGCAGUUUCUUCGUACCACCUCACCGCGACCUCCCGCCUGCUUCUCAGCGGCGGCGACGACGCCUCGUGUUUCAGCCUGUUCCCCGCCAUCUACCCCCUCGUCCAGGAGGGCCUCGUGUCCCCGAUGCUCAGGAUGCACGAGUGGAUGGGGCGCCACGACGCCGCCUCCACGUCGCUCUACGAGGUGGCGCACGGCAAGGGCUUGUGGGAUACCUUGCAGGCCAGCGCGGCGUACAGAGCCGCCUUCCAGGACGCCAUGGACGCCGACACCCGGCUCGUCAUGCACGCCGUGCUCGGCGGGAGCCCCGCCGUCUUCCGGGGCCUCACGUCGCUCGUCGACGUCGGCGGGGGCCGGGGCAGGGCCGCGGCCGCCAUCGCCGGGGCGUUCCCGCACAUCCAGUGCACCGUCAUGGACCUCCCUCAUGUCGUCGCCGAGGCUCCCGCCGGCAACGGAGUCUGCUUCCUUGCCGGCGAUAUGUUUGAACACAUUCCAUCGGCUGAUGCACUUCUGCUCAAGUGGAUUCUGCAUGACUGGGAUGAUGCUAACUGCAUCAAGAUAAUGCAACGGUGCUUGGAAGCAAUAGGUGGCAAAGAAGGGCGAGGGAAAGUCAUCAUAAUAGACGCCGUGAUUGGGUCUGUGCCAAAUGAUGAUGACGCGAUAUGCAGGGAGGCUCAAGUUCUGUGUGAUCUUCAGAUAAUGGCUGCGUUUAACGGAGCCGAGCGGGAGGAGCAUGAGUGGAGAAGGAUCUUCCUAGAAGCUGGAUUUUGUGACUACAAAAUCACACGGAUUCGCGGUGUUAAGUCUAUAAUUGAGGUCUACCCAUGAUAAGAGAGGGUUGACAAGUUGACGUAUAACUUUAUUAUAGCGAUACCUUUCGGCCGGUGAUAUAUCAACAUUAAGGACCUGUUUGGAUAAAAAUUUCUAAAGUUUAGAAUUGUCCUAAACUAAUUUAGAAAUUGGUAGUCCUAAAAUUUAGGAGAGAGCUGUUUGGAUAGAAUCCUAAUCUUUAGGAUGUUAGAGGAAAAAUGACAUUUUUACCCCCAAUUACUCCUCUAAAUGCUCCUACACUGUUCACAUAUUAAAUGCUUGGGGAGGGCAACAGAGGUAAAGGGGGAGUUUGAGGAUCACUUUUAGGAGAAAAGGGACUCAUUAGGACCCCUUGACCCUUCUAAUGAAAAUAGCCCUCCUAAAGUUUAUGAGUACACUUUUAGGACCCACGUUUGGAUGCACAAGUCCUAAAAAUAUCCUAAAGUGGAGUCUUAAUUUUUAGGAGUGUGUAUCUAAACAGGCUCUAAGUCAUCCUUGAUAAGUGCAAUAAACAAAAAGGGUGAUUAUUUAAAUUC